GGUCUGUCCAGGGCUACUUACUCCAGUAUAAAACUCAGAGCAGAAAUAUGAUCACAUACUAAGGAGUCUAAUCAAUUCUGGUUUCAACACUGAGCCUAUUUAAAAUAGAUAAUGGAAUUGCUGUUCCUUGUCCUGCUCUCUCUGCACAUUCUCAAGACUGAGGCACUAGGCCACUGGUGCUAUCAGUCACAGAAGCACGAACUGCCAAACUGUGAAGAUCCUCGAAAAUGGUAUUUAAUAAACAACACUUGCAAAGGAAACAAACAGUCACCUAUCAAUAUUGUCACCAAAAAUGUCAUUUACGACCGCAGCCUGAAGCCACUGAAUUUUGAAGGAUACAAUGUCAAGGGGUCUUCAAAAUGGAACCUAGAAAAUAAUGGACAUACAGUUAAAGCAACAUUUAGCACAUCCCCUAAAAUUGGAGGCGGAGGUCUGAGAAGAAAAUACAAAGCCAUCGAACUUCAUUUCCACUGGGGAGUCGAAGACAUCCACUACCUACCUGGGUCAGAGCACAGCAUUGAUGGGGAAAAAGCAGCUAUGGAGCUUCAUAUUGUCCACAUAAGAGAAGAUCUUUCAGAUAUAACAGAAGCAAAGAAAAAUGAGGACGGUGUGGCUGUGUUAGCAUUCUUUAUAGAGGUUGGAGACGAAAAUAAAAAAUAUGCAACUCUAAUAAAUGAAUUAGACAAUGUUAAAUACAAAGGGAAAACAGGACAGAUGAACCCUUUGCCACUGGACUCUCUUAUCCCACGUGAAGAAGAUCUGACAAGAUACUACCGGUAUACAGGGUCCCUCACCACCCCGGACUGCCACGAGAAUGUCAUCUGGACCGUGUUUGAGAAGCCAGUGGAGCUCAGUCUUGCUCAGGUUUCUCAGUUCUCAGUGGUUCUCUUUGGUGGCAAGAACUCAACACGCAUGAUUGAAAAUUUCCGGCCUGUUCAGCUUCUGAAUGACCGAAGCGUGUACUGGUCUGGUACCAGCCCCCUGCUGCCUCCUGCUAAGGUUUUAAUGUUGGUCCCAAUCCUGACAUAUGUCUUGAGUUCUCUCUUUCAAUGAAGAUUUCUCACCUCAUUCAAGAUUCUGGGGUUUUUAGAGGGUAUUUUUGUUUGUUUGGGUUGUUUUUUGUAUCAAGUAUUCUCUCUAACUGCCAACUCACGAAUUAUAUCUGAACACAGAAUUAAACCUUUUUCUUCUCCAGACACUAACCACUAAAAAUUUUUGAAGGGCUUCUGUUGCUGCUCUUAUGUAAAAUGAAACCCAUUGCACUAAAUUACAAGAAUCAUAAGGAGCUGUAAGAUGAAAGUAUGAAGAUUUUAAUUAAAAAAAAUACUUACAGAAACAUUAAAAUGGAUUAUCUGGAAUCCUGUAGUUCUAAUGCAACCUUGGAAGAACGCUUAACAAGCUAUGCAGAGGACCUUUAGGAGGAAUUUGUUCUGGAGUGUCUAUGAAGGGUCUUGCUUGUUAUAAGUUUACAUUCAGCACUGCAGAUCAGGAACACUGAACUGUCUGGAGUAAUUCACAUCACCCCUACAUUUGCCAGCAUGAAGGUACAAUACCGAGUAAACAAAUGCUCACACAGAAAUGAGCAACAUCUGGGUCUUCCUAUCUAGUGAAGGAUAUGCAACAAAUUUCAUCUGUACGCAUACAAUUUUUUUCCUUUCCUCCUUCAAUAUAUCUAAAUUAAUUUGUAGAUAAGAAUAUUGGAUUCCUUACAGGUUAUCUACUGAUUCUGGAUUUCAGGUCAAUAGGUUCUGCUACUGAGACUAUUUAUUCAGCCUAGUACAGCUUCCUGCUCUGGGAUGUCCACAGCUGAUACGAUGUGCUAGAGAGAAAAAGGGAAGCUCAACCACAUGUACUAAUUGCACAUCUGUGGAAAUUCCCUCUCUUUGGAGGAUUGCCUUUGAAGCAUGAGACUUUGAUGAUCCUAUAUAAUUUUGAUUUGCGUAAUAAAAUGGGACAGCUCAAGAAAUGGCUCUUCCCAGUAUCACAUCUUAGAAGCUUUUAAAUUUCAGUUUAGAUAUAUGUGAACGUUUCCAUCUGUUGCUUUUAUUUUUUUAAUCAUAACAUGCCUGUAAAAUAUUCACAUAUGGUUAAGAUCUAUAUUUUUUUUCCAGGAAGAUUGUAAUUUGAACUGAUUUCUUCAGACCUUAUCCAAUUACUUACAGGAAAGCUCAAUAUAUUGAGAAAUGGGAUUUCCAUAUAUUAUUCCAGUUCUCCCUCUGAAGACAAACAUAGCUGGCUGUUUCCUUCAGCUAAUGCCAUAUAACUUGCUGCUGCUUUAUUAAGAAUUUUAGAUUUUGGCCAUGCCAAAAAUAGAAUUUUCUACUAGCAAAAUUAUACUUUUUUUCCUUAGGACAACAUUUGCAGAGUUAGCUCUGCAUGACAGCUACAUGGUCAUUUCCGGGAAAAUCACGUAAGCAUUACUAAACACAGCUCACCAAAGGAGAAAAAGCAGGAUGAAAAAUUAUUUUCAUAUAUAACAAUCAAUAAUAUAAGCUUAAAAAACAUGUGGGAAAGCAAAUUCACCUUUUUAUAUUUAGAGGAAUAGUUAGGACAUUAACUGUACUUUUAGAUAAUUAAAAAACUUUUGAGAAGCAAACAUAAAUGAAAGAUUAAAGCUGAACAGACACCUACUAUA